GAAGUACACAGCACAGCACACCACGACACACCACGAGCCACGAACAACGAGCGACAAUACUACAGUGAGUGUGAAAGACAACAAAUCUCGGUCAAUUUUUAUUUUUCCGACGAUAUGGGUUGAGGCAUUGUGCGAUGUUGUAUAUACGUUUAGCUUAUCGAAAGUUUGGAACAUCAAGUGUAUUUUAAGUCUCGUGCUCUAUCGAAGUGUCAUUGAAAAACGUUGGAAAAUAUAACGUUGAAUUUAUACGGAGGAUUUACAAGCGAAGGUAAAAAAACGUUCUGUACUGUCGAAUGACAAGGGACACGAAACAUAAAUAACCUUGAGAACGGAACUAAAUCGAGAUGUCUAUGGAAAAUUCUAACGUUUUUUCCAACCGACUUUAUUCAGACAGUUCGGCUAUCACAUUUUUGGAUCUUCCAGUUGAGGUAUUCCUACACAUAUGUUCGUUCUUGGACACUAAGACUCUUUUACAUGGUCUCAGCUGCACCUGUAAACAGUUUUAUGAGAUACUGAACGAUGACUCAUUGUGGAAAGUGAGGAUUGGCCAAAUUUGGCAAAACGUUCGGUAUCCAGUCUUUCCACCUGACGAAGAAGAUGAUUCAUUCUGGAAACAGUCCUGUGUUAGAAUUGAGAAUCAUGUUUCCUUCUGGAAAAAUAAACAAGGGGUUCGAGAGAUUAGCCUGGCAGAAGGUCACUUUACUACCGUUGAUACGCUUAUGCUCAUAGAGAAAGGACAAUACCUCAUAUCAGGUGGAAGAGAUCGUACCUUAUGUUGCUGGGAUUUGUGUUCAGGAUGGAAUACGAAUACGCAAUACGAAACGAACCAAAUGUCACACGACGGAUGGAUAUGGGAUUUGACAGCUGUGGAUAAAACAUUUUACAGUUGUAGUUGGGACAAAUCGGUCAAAUCGUGGCAUAUAAAUAAUCUCCACCUCAUGCCAAUUAGAAAAUUUGAGAUGGACGUUGCUGGUGCGUUAUUGUGCAUCACUUCCUAUCCUGGAGUUAACCUGUUGGCAACAGGUUCGCAAUGCCGAAGUGUGAUAUUAUUCGAUCCUCGUGUUGGCACCGAAUCAGCCUUUCGAUAUCGAUCUCACAAAGGAGCCGUUCUCAAGGUCGCCAUGAACGAAAAUUAUGUACUCUCUGCUAGUGAAGACAAAACUGUCAGUGUUUGGGAUCAACGAGCUGCUAAAACCCUGACGACCAUCGAGAUUGCUAAAGAUGCUUUUCCAAUGAGCAUGGCAAUGGACAAGAGAGCAGUCUAUGUUGGCGACAAUAGCGGACGAUUGCAUAUCCUUGAUUCUCGGAAUAGGUUUGAAAUGGUUAAAUCUUAUGAUACUGGUCAUACGAAGGGAAUCAACUGUUUGUGCGCGACUCCUGGUGGUUUAAUCACCGGUUCACUUGAUAAAACUGUGAGAUUCCUCAGCCCAACCGAUCCUCCGCAACUGAUCACCAGAUUGAGUGGUUCUGUCGGCGAAAUAGCUGGGAUGGAUUACCAAAACGGUGUACUUGCUAUAUGCGGGUCUUACAUUCAAGUCUGGCGACCAAGGAUUGAUUAAGGUUUAAAACAAUUUGACGUGUGUUAACUUAAUAAUGAUAUUAAUAUGUGUAUCGAUAUAAUCGAACAGUUCAAUGCAUCUCCCAAACUAAUUUCCUCGAUCAAACAGUUCAAUGCAUCUCAAAACUCAUUUUUUUUACAUACAUGUAGAAUUUAAGCAAAUGAUUUAAUAAAGGCUUUCUUAACAAAAUUA